UAAACAUAUAUUUAAAUAAAAUAGAUUUAUAAAAAUGUCGGAUUUAGAAUUAUUUUUAAUGAUACUUAUCCAAUUAAAUCCGUCAUAAACUGGUAAACUGUCUCAGGUACAUAAAAUGAUCCCUCCAAAAAAAUCUUCAAGAUUUCUCAAAUAAUAAUCGAAAAACAUUUAUUUUAUUUUGCCAAUAUAUAAGAUACUACCAUUAACCACCAGGUGGUAGUGAUUUUUUACCGGGUGGCUCUUAUACCACCCACUUUGUAUACUAAAAAAGCUUAGUAAUGAUAGGUACUUAUUCAAAACUUUUGUAGGAUAGUCUGUGUUUGGUUUUACAUAUCAAAGGUGAAGCUUAAUAACAAAAAUUUAUCUAUACAGCGAAAUUUUGAAAAGAAAUAUGAUGGAAAUAAAUAAAUAUGAAAACUGGAUUUUUAAUAUACGAUUGGCUAAAUUUCUUGGUUACUAUUAUAUUUUAAAUCCAAAAACGAAGAGAGGUCUUAAAUUUGUUGGUUUUCUGGUGAAACUGGGUAUUAUUUACAUUGCAGCAAUAUCGACGUGCAUUAUGUUUGGACUGUACCAAUGGAAAAAUGACUUAAUUCAAUUUAUAUUACAGAUUAUUGUAUUACAGAAUAUGCUCUUUGCUGCCUACAGAAUGUGUUUAUUUAUGAAAGAUUCUGAAAUUAUUUGGGAUAUCUUAAAAAUAACUAAUCUUGAGUUCUUGUGUAUUGAAAAUUAUAAUAAGAAUAUUUUGAUAAUAUGGCGAGCCAUUUCAAUGAAAUACACCAAUUUAAUUGCAGUAUUAACUUUUUUUGUAUUACUUGUUUGGUCGUCAAGUGGAUAUAUUUUGAAUAAUAUAUCAGCAGAUACAUAUAACACAUAUUUUCCAAUUUUUCACAUAAUCGAAACUUUAUGUGCUAUUGUUUACAUUUUAUUUGCCUUACCAGCAGAUAUAACUUUAAUAUCUGUAAGUCUAUCAAUAGUAGGUCAAUUAGAUGUGAUUAAUGAUAGCUUUGAAAAUGUUGGAAUAUUGUACAAAGAAAAUAUAUUACGAAAAAAUAUCGAUGUAAAGGAAUUACAGAAGAAAGUUAAAUUUGACUUCAAAAAUAUUAUUUAUAACAGUCAAAAUGUCAUUAGAAAAAUGGAGCAAUUUUAUAAUUUAUUUCAACAAGUAAUUUUGGUCCAAAUUGUAGUAUUGUUUAUUAAUUUGGUACUUUAUUCAUAUACCGGAAUGUUGCAUUUUAUUAAUGGAGGAAUGGUUAAUUCGAUUCAGACUGUUAAACUUAUUGCAGCAUUUUUAUUUUUUGUUUGUCAUUUAUUCAUACUUUGUAUCUUUUUUGGGAUUAUAAAUGACAGGAAAGACUCAUUGCUACUUGGAAUUUAUUGCUCGAAUUGGACAGAAAUGGACCUAGAAAAUAAAAAGCUCGUUUUACUAACUAUGAAUAUGAAUAAUGCUCAUCAACCAAAAAUGAAAAUAACUAGAUCUAAAACCGUCGAUUUAAUUAUGUUUGUAGGUGCUUUAAAAACUUGUUAUUCGGUACUUUCAGUAUUAAGGAAUACACAGUUAAGCAACAGCCAAAUUUAAACGAUGGAUUCAAAACAUUAAAAAUAUUAUUAAUACAAAUGAAAAUUUAAAUGUAUAAUAAAUUAGUU